AUGGUUUGGACUAAAUCCACUUACCUUCUCUCUUUUACCCUGAUUUUUGCUCAUGCAGCAGCUAUAUCGGUAAGUAGAGUUUUGCUCUUUGGAUUUUUAGACAUAUUAAUUCUAGUGGACAUUAUCUAUUUACCAUACAUUUAUUUCUUUCAGAUUAAGCAUCUUUCUAAAGGAAAUGUACCUGAUUCAGAUCUUGGUGAACAGAAGGAUAUUUCAGAAAUCAAUCUAGCUGCUGGCUUGGACCUCUUUCAAGGGGACAUCCUCUUGCAGAACUCCAGAAAUGGCCUGCGAGAUCCCAACGCCAGGUGGAAAUUCCCCAUUCCUUACAUUCUGGCUGACAAUCUGGAGCUGAAUGCCAAAGGAGCCAUUCUCUAUGCCUUUGAAAUGUUCCGCCUCAAAUCCUGUGUGGAUUUCAAGCCCUAUGAAGGAGAGGACUCGUAUAUCAUAUUUCAACAGUUUAGUGGAUGCUGGUCUUCAGUCGGCGACCAACAUGUGGGGCAGAAUCUCUCUAUUGGCCCAGGGUGUGACUAUAAGGCCAUCAUCGAACAUGAAAUCCUGCAUGCUUUGGGAUUUUACCAUGAGCAGUCAAGGACCGACCGGGAUGAUUAUGUGAACAUUUGGUGGGAUGAAAUUAUUCCAGGUUAUGAGCACAACUUUAAAACCUAUGAUGAUGACUUCAUCACGGACCUCAAUACACCCUAUGAUUACGAAUCUCUGAUGCACUACGCACCUUUCUCAUUUAAUAAGAAUGACAGCAUCCCAACCAUCACAGCCAAGAUUCCUGAGUUUGACUCCAUCAUUGGGCAGCGCCUGGAUUUCAGUGCCCUGGAUUUAGAGAGGCUGAACCGAAUGUACAAUUGCACCACACCCCAAACCCUUUUGGACCACUGUGCUUUCGAGAAGGCAAACAUCUGUGGGAUGAUUCAGGGCACCAGAGAUGAUGCUGACUGGCUUCACGAGGACAGUGCCCAGGCUGGACAAGUAGACCACACCUUGCUGGGACGAUGCUCAGGUGCUGGCUACUUCAUGCGAUUUGACACCAGCUCAGGGGCCAAGGAAGAGGCAGCCCUCCUGGAGUCUCGGAUUCUCUACCCCAAGAGGAAGCAGCAGUGCCUGCAGUUUUUCUACCGAAUGACAGGAAGCCCUUCGGACAGACUCACCGUCUGGGUCAGGAGGGACGACAGCACGGGCGAUGUUCGCAAGCUGGUCAAGGUGGAGACCUUCCAAGGAGAUGCUGACCAUGAUUGGAAAAUUGCCCAUGUGAAGCUAACAGAGGAAAUGAAGUUUCGCUACCUUUUCCAGGGCACAAGGGGGGACCCUCAGAACUCAAGUGGGGGGAUUUACCUGGAUGACAUCACUCUGACAGAAACCCCCUGCCCCACUGGGGUUUGGACGAUACGGAAUUUCUCUCAGGUCCUUGAGAACACGAACCCAGGGGACAGGCUGCAGAGCCCUCGGUUCUACAAUUCCGAGGGAUAUGGUUUCGGCUUGACGCUAUACCCCAAUGGCAGAACCAUCUCCAGCGGAUCCGGCUACAUGAGACUUGCUUUUCACUUGUGCAGUGGAGAGAAUGACGCUAUUCUGGAGUGGCCCGCGGAAAACAGGCAGGUGGUAAUAACCAUACUUGACCAGGAGACCGAUGUCAGAAAUCGGAUGUCCUCGAGCCUGGUGUUCACCACCUCCAAGUCUCAGACAUCUUCAGCAAUCAAUGACUCUGUCAUCUGGGACAGGCCAUCCAGAGUGGGAUCCUAUUAUAAUGACUGUGACUGUUUUAGAAGCAUCGACUGGGGAUGGAAUAAUUUUAUCUCCCACCAAAUGCUGAAAAAGAGAAGCUUCCUUAAAAACGAUGACCUCAUCAUUUUUGUAGAUUUUCAAGAUAUCACCCACCUUAACCGAACUGAAGUUCCCACUAAAAGCAAAAGACGGAGCCCCGAAGGCCUUGUCCUCCAAGGCCAGGAGCAGCAGGCCUCCGAAGCAGGUUCACAGCAGGCUGUGUUAAUGGAAGUCCAACCUGAAGGCCUGGGCCAGGGGCACCCCAGCAGGCAGAAGCGGUCAGUGGAGAACACAGGCCCCUUGGAGGACCACAACUGGCCACAGUACUUCAGAGACCCCUGUGACCCAAACCCUUGCCAAAAUGAUGGCAUCUGUGUGAACGUGAAGGGGAUGGCGAGCUGCAGGUGCGUCUCUGGACAUGCUUUCUUCUACACGGGGGAGCGCUGCCAGGCCAUGCAGGUGCACGGCAGCGUUCUGGGCCUGCUGAUCGGAGGCACAGCUGGCGUCAUCCUCUUGACCUUCACUGUCCUCUCUGUCAUUCACCAAAAGUCAAAGCAGUGACCGCCUGCUGGCUUUGGCCAGACCGCAGAGGCACCUCCUCCCCUCAGGCCCUCCCUUUCUGUCGUCAGCGGGGUUUGGGGCACUUUGUGACAGCUUUGAACGGGAUCUCUAAGGACCAAGGACUCUCAUCCUAUGUGUAACUCUUGUCAGUUUUCUGCCCCUACCUGGUUCCGUUACCCUGCUAUGUGCUUCUAAUAUAUCUGGUGUACCCUAUGACAGCACCCAUCACUCUGAAUUGUAAAUCGCUUGUUUAACUGCCUGUCUUGCCUUUUGACUGUGAGCUCCAUGAAGGCAGCAGUACAUUACCCUCACUGAUCACGCGAGCCCUGGUGCCUAGACGCCUAGUGGCAUGUUACCAUGGGCACUCCGUGAAGGCUGAAUGAAUGAACAAUAAAUGAGUGAAUAGCUAAGAUGUAGAAACUCUCUCAUGCCUAUUUCAGAUCAGAUAUUUACGAUGAAAUCCAUAUGUUGGUUACAUUACAAUCAAAUAUUCAUUUUUAAUC